GUAACUCGGGGAGAAAAAAAAUAAAAAAAGAGAAGGGGAAAAAAACGCAGGGCUUGUUAUGGAGUUCGUGUGAAGCAAACACGGAUUUCCACCCUUCUUUACCAGUCGAACCAGUAUCUCUGGAUAGAGCACGCUCCAGUACCUGCUCAGUUUUUACCCUUGUGGUCCCUGAUGGCUUCGCACAGUGAUACUCUGGUGGUGUUCUUUGGGGCAACAGCUGGUGCAAAUGGGGGUAAACUGGGUUCGGAUGAGAGGGAAAUAAUUCUCUUGGUGUGGCAAAUUGUGGACCUACAUGAGAAAAAGGUCGGGAAGCUCCACAGGUGCCUGGUGAAGCCCGACUCGCUGGAGCUGACGGAGCAGGGGAAGGAGGAGACCGGGCUGAGCCUGGAGGAGCUCGUCAGCGCCGAGCCCCUGGACAAAGCCCUGCAGCAGUUCCACCAGUCGGUGUCGUCAGAAGUAAAAUGCCUGGGCAGAAGCUCGUACACGCUGUGUGUCGACAGCCCCCUCAUUAUCCGACAGGCGCUGCACCCCGAAGCUUCCAAGAAGAACCUCGUUCUCCCCGAAUGCUUCUUUACGUUUGUGGAUUUGAGGAAAGAGUUUCACAAAUGCUGCCCCAGUGCCGGGUCGGUGCAGAAGCUCACGCCUGCCUCCAUGUUGGAAAGCGCCGGACUCCCCGCUGUGUCGGAGCAGCUGAUGGGAGUGAGGGAGGUGAGGAGCAUGGUGCAGCUCAUCCUCUGCAUCCUGGAUGAGCCCUACGAUCACGAGUUCUCCUGUGUUGAAACGGUCAAGUACAAGUUCGACUCCGGCACCUGCUGUAAGACAGAACCGGUGGAUAGUGAGACUGUGAUCAGGGCCCGGGGGCUCCCGUGGCAGUCCUCCGACCAGGACAUCGCUCGCUUCUUUAAAGGCCUCAACAUUGCAAAGGGCGGCGUCGCUCUGUGUCUGAACGCUCAGGGCCGCAGGAACGGCGAGGCCUUGGUCCGCUUCGUCGACGCUGAGCACCGGGACCUGGCCCUGGAGCGCCACAAGCACCACAUGGGCAGCCGCUACAUCGAGGUGUACAAGGCCACAGGAGAGGAGUUCCUCAAGAUUGCAGGAGGCACGUCUAACGAGGUGACACAGUUCCUGUCCAAAGAGAACCAGGUGAUUAUCCGCAUGCGAGGCCUGCCGUUCACCGCCACGCCCCAGGAGGUGCUGACCUUCCUCGGACCGGAGAGCCCGGUCACGGAUGGCACCGAGGGCCUGCUCUUCGUCAAGUACCCGGACGGUCGGCCCACCGGCGACGCCUUCGUGCUCUUCUCCUGCGAAGAGUACGCCCUGAACGCCCUGAAGAAGCACAAGCAGAUCCUGGGCAAGCGCUACAUCGAGCUGUUCCGGAGCACGGCGGCGGAGGUGCAACAGGUCCUGAACCGCUACAUGUCCACGCCUCUGAUCUCCACGCUGCCCCCGUCCCCCAUCAUGCCCGUGCCCGUGCUCACCACGCCGCCCUUCCUCCCGGCGGCCAGCAGCACGCGGGACUGCGUCCGCCUGCGCGGGCUGCCCUACGCCGCCGGCAUCGAGGACAUCCUGGAGUUCAUGGGCGAGCACACGGUGGACAUCAAGCCGCACGGAGUCCACAUGGUCCUCAACCAGCAGGGCCGGCCCUCCGGCGACGCCUUCAUCCAGAUGAAGUCGCCGGACAAGGCGUUCAUGGUGUCCCAGAAGUGCCACAAGAAGACGAUGAAGGACCGCUACGUGGAGGUGUUCCAGUGCUCCACGGAGGAGAUGAGCAUCGUGCUGAUGGGAGGAACCCUCAACCGCAGCGGCCUCUCCCCGCCGCCCUGCAAACUCCCCUGUCUGUCCCCGCCUGCAGCCUACACCGCCUUCCCCACCCUGCCCGCCGGGCUCUCUGAGGUGGCCCUGUACCAGCCGCCGCUGCUGGCCGCCCCCAGGCCCCCUCAGAGCGCCGCUCACAGCGCCGCUCUGGCCUACUACCCCCCCCAGCCUCACCUCUAUAUGAACAUGAACUACACGGCCUACUACCCCAGCCCUCCGGUUUCUCCCUCCACCGUCGGCUACUUUGCGGCUCCGCCCGGAGCCGUGGCGGCGGCGGUCGCGGCCCAGUCCCACCCUGCUGCAGCCUCCCCCGUGCUCCCCCAGCCUGGAGCCCUGGUCAGGAUGCAGGGUCUGCCCUACAACACUGGGGUGAAGGACAUCCUCAGCUUCUUCCAGGGAUACCAGCUCCAGCCGGACGCCAUCCUCAUCCUGUACAACUUCAGCGGGCAGUGCAGUGGCGAGGCCCUGAUCACCUUCCCCAGCGAGGAGCUGGCCAGACGGGCCGUGGCCGAGCGCUCCAGCCACCCCUUCUACGGCCAGCAGGUCCACCUGCUCUUCUGUAACUGAUCGCCCCCCUCCACACCUCUUUCCCAUUCAUCCCAGUGGUGCGUGACACUUCCUGUUGCGCCACUGGUGCCGACACUCCUGAAGUCGCGCAGCGCUCUGACGUCCACACGCGGCGCUGCUGCGUGUGCGCACUAACCCUCCCACCACGCGUCCUCUGAAACAGACGUUCAUCCUGAAAUGCUUGACUCUCCACACACCACGUCUGCGUCCGGUCUCCUCUGUGUGUUUCAGAUUCAUCGCUCUUAACCACUAGGUUUGGAUUUGUCAUAGCUUACAAACCUAUGCAAACACAGGUGUGUGUUCAUGUCUUAUCUACUUGUGUAGACAAAUGUUUAAUAAUUUUUUUUGUAUGUGUGUAUGUACAGUGUUUAUGCAUGUGAUGGUCUCCAGUUGUGUAGCGGUGCCAUUAAAGAGAAAGAAAAGCCAUAAAGCCUUCAACUACUGAGACGUGGUAACAUCUGAGACUGUCUUUAACUACAAGUAACAUUAAGCUGCAGGGACUCAGUUAAAACCACUGGAUCAGUUUGUAACGUUUAUUUCCUUGUGAAGCAUUUAUGACCUUUUUCAAGCACUACGUUUAUUUCUCCAAUCAGAGUAAAGGAACUAAGCGUCUCCAAUGGAGCGGGCGACUAAGUGAUUCUACAGAAUACAUUUUUUUAAUUGGUACUAUUUCCUUAGAGAAGUGGAUAUUUUGUUAAGUGUCAGAGGACGGAGGUGUGACCUGAAGCCUUCUGUAAUGAUGGACCUCAGCUGCUGUACAGUGACUCUUCUGUUUUUGUUUUCAGACUGCUUCUAGCGAUCAGUCUGUGGCAUAUUUAAUUCAUGCAUGAGUUUUCCGUGACGGAUCCGCUGACGGCUGUCUUAGUUUAGUCAUCUUUACUGUGCCGACAUCAACCUCUGGAGGCAGAGGAAAUAUUUCUUUUGAUGUGAGCUUGAAACCUGUAUGAGUUUAGUGUUUAAGAACUAAAAAAAAUAAAAAAUGUUAACAAUGA